AUGCCCAAAAAUACCCUUUACGUUACAGGGUUCACCAAAGAAUCCAAGGCGGCCGACUUGGCGCCCGACUUCGAGAAAACAGACGACGGUGAAAAGUAUGCCUUCGUGGAAUACAAGACCGAAGAAGAUUGUGAGAAGGCUCUAGAGCUCGAUGGCAAACCUUUGCCUUACGCCAAACAAGACGGUUUGGUUGUCCAGAUGGCCCGUUCAGAUCCCUAUUCCGCCAGAAGAGGUCUGUUUAGAGGAUCCAGAGGUUUCAGAGGUGGCCGUGGAGGUGGCUAUGGCUAUGGCUAUGGCUACGAAAGGGGCGGAUACGGCUACCCUGCCCCACAUCCCUAUCCACCUCCAAGAGGAGGCCGUGAUCCAUACUACGAUGGUUACGGCUACGGUAGAGAGCCUUAUGGCUACAGAGACAGGCGGUACGACGGUCCUGGUGACGAAAGAGAUUCGUACAGAGACAGAGCAGACAGAUACGUGGGUGACCGUGGAGGAAGAGAUCGUGAUUUCGAGACUAGGGAUGAGGACCGCAGCCGAGACGCUGCUGGUCCCGAUUCGCAUGAACCGAAUGGAAACGACGAGUAUUCUCGUGGCCGUUACUCGAGGUCAGCUUCUCCUCAGAGGGAAAGGUCUCGCUCCCGUUCUCCCAGCCGCUAA